AGUACCGACACUAACAAGAGGUUUCUCUGUGUUUCAGGAUGGGGUGUUUCGGGAGCAAGGAGAAGCUCUCUAAGGAGGACCUGGAAUUCCUCAAGACGCACACCAGAUACGAUGAACAGAUGAUCAAGGAAUGGUACAAAGGCUUCAGGCAAGACUGUCCGAGCGGCCGUCUUACCCCAGACAAGUUCGUCGACAUGUACAAAAUGUUCUUCCCAUCCGGUAAUGCGGAGGAGUUUUGCGACCACGUCUUCAGAACCUUCGACAUGGACAAGAACGGUUACAUAGACUUCAAG